GGUCCACUACAAAAAAUAAAAAGCAGCAUUGAACAAGUUAACCGGCUAACUAACUGCUGUGCUUUGCGGAUAAAUUAUUAAAUAAGCUUUCUUCAGAAUUAAACAAAACCAAGUAUUUAAUAUGAUUAAUGUUCAGUUCGUGAGUGUGUUGUAACAUGACUCGACUCGGAAAGGGAAUUUGUUAGCACGAGUAGUACUGGUUAGCCUCGCCAUCUUGUGGACUCCAGGUGCAUAGAUUUCUUUAAUUACAUAUAUAUUUAUGUCUACACAACGAUAAAUAAUUAUAUAGGAUGUUCCAGCUACGGAGAAAAGAAGAUUGCUUCCCUCAAAGCAAGGUUUUUUUUUCUUACUGAGCUCGCCCAGGUGUGCCUAAUAAAGUGGCUGUCGAGAGUGCUCCAGACGCAAUGGGAAGGAAGCACGUACUCCAUCAUCCACAAGCAAAGGCAGGAGGUUGACGAUGGCGCUUUGGAAGGAGGAGGAGAGCAAGGGAUGGGCGAGUGUCUGAGAGGAAGGCGGAGACAGAGGGAGAGAAUCCAUGAGAGCAUCUCGCAGCAUCCUCCUGCCAGACAGGACGCCAUCCAGGACACGCUUCCUGUGCUCAGCGGGGUGGGAGGGGGGGGCGGCGUCUUCCCAUGGACACGUCAGGAUCGAACCGUCCUUUUUUGGACACUUGGCGCUGAAAAGUAACAUUUGAUUUCAAUCAGCGGGACUGCCGCUGUCAACAGUUUGGAACACCUCGACCAGCUGUUGUGUGUGUGUGUGUGUGUGUGAGUGUGUCAAGAUGAGCGUGCCCAUGUUAAAGAUCGGCGCCGUGCUCAGCACCAUGGCCAUGGUCACCAACUGGAUGUCCCAGACGCUGCCUUCCCUGGUCGGACUCAACGGAACCGUCAUCUCCCCCGAGGGGAACCAUGAGCGCAUCGUCAGUGGUUUGUACCCGGGCUCAGAGGAGGUGUGGCAGGUCUACAGCACCGCUUCCGACCCGGACGGCAGGUGCGUGUGCGCGGUGGUCGCCCCCGCGCGAAACAUCUGCAAACGAGACCCUCGCGGUCGGCAACUACACCUGCUGACCGAACAGGUCCAGAACGUGAGUCAGUCCAUGGAGGGAGUCCACCUGCGGACUUCCAGAGACUUACAGCACUUCCGAGAGUCUGAGCCACUCCUGAGGGGGGUGGAUGGACGGUUGCACACGUAUGUGGGCAGCCCCCGCACACUGACAUCCAAGGGUCUGCAGGAGUUAAAGGGGCAGGUGACCCAGUUGCAGCCCCUGCUGUCCACGGCGGGGCAGUACAAGUCGGACCUGCAGACCCUGGCCACCCUGCGCGCGGAGCUGCUCAACCUGUCCGUCAUCCUGACGGCCAUUCAGGAGGAGAUCGGCGCGUACGACUACGAGGAGCUCCAGCAGAGGGUCCUGCUGCUGGAGACCAGACUGCACAGCUGCAUGAACAAGCUAGGUUGCGGACGUCUGACAGCCGUCAGUGGUCCCAUCACCGUUAAGGCGUCCGGGUCCCGCUUUGGCUCCUGGAUGACUGACGCCAUGAUUCCCAGCUCUGACAGCAGGGUGUGGUCCAUGGACGGCUAUUACAAGGGCAGGCGCGUGCAGGAGUACAGAACCAUGGCCGACUUCACCAAGGGCCAGAACUUUGUGCAGCACCUGCUGCCACACCCCUGGGCCGGGACCGGUCACGUGGUCUACAACGGCUCGCUGUACUACAACAAGCACCAGAGCAACAUCCUGGUCCAGUACCACUUCCGCUCGCGCAGCGUGAUGCUCCAGCGCAGCCUGAGCGGCGCGGGGUACAACAACACCUUCCCCUACAGCUGGGGGGGCUCCUCUGACAUUGACCUCAUGGCCGACGAGACGGGCCUGUGGGCCGUCUACACCUCCAUCCCCAACGCUGGGAACAUCGUGGUGAGUCGCUUGGACCCCCGCUCGCUGGACGUCCUGCGCAGCUGGGACACGGGCUUCCCCAAGCGCAGCGCGGGCGAGGCCUUCAUGAUCUGCGGCGUCCUCUACGUCACCAACUCCCACCUGGCGGGCGCCAAGGUGCACUUCGCCUACAACACCAACACGUCCACGUACGAGUACACGGACGUGCCCUUCCACAACCUCUACUCGCACAUCAGCAUGAUGGACUACAACCCCCGCGAGAGGGCGCUCUACACCUGGAACAACGGACACCAGGUGCUCUACAACGUCACGCUAUUCCACGUCAUACGCACCGACGGCUAGGCCGCCUCUCGCUUCGACCGCAGCACCGUCUGCCCGCCGUGUGGCGGCUCAGCGCGCUAACGCGCCGCUCUGAAGAGUCACCGCAGAGCGCCGCCGCCACAACGAGGACGCCAUGUGAACAAAGUCGGGCCGCCUGAGCUCAUCCAUAUUCUAUUUAAACCCCCCCCCCCCCCCCCCCCCCACCCCCACUCGUGUCUGAGCGUUGAGCGACAACAAAGCGGCCGAACGCCUUUUAAACUUGGGGUUUGUCAUGUGAUCGUGUUCAGUCAGCAUGGUUGUCUUCUUUCAAUAAACUCCACUAAACUUCA